AUGAAUAUCGUAGAAUGGGCUUUCGGCAAGCGCAUGACCCCAGCCGAGAGAUUGAGGAAACACCAAAGAGCAUUAGAAAAGACCCAACGCGAACUCGAUCGUGAGCGCACGAAGCUCGAGAACCAAGAGAAAAAGCUAGUUCAGGAUAUCAAGAAGAACGCGAAGAAUGGCCAGAUGGGCGCUGUCAAGAUUCAGGCCAAGGACCUUGUCAGGACGCGACGAUACAUUCAAAAAUUCUACCAGAUGCGCACCCAGCUUCAAGCUAUCUCACUGCGUAUUCAAACUGUGCGCAGCAACGAGCAGAUGAUGCAAUCGAUGAAGGGUGCCACCAAGCUUCUCGCCGGGAUGAACAGACAGAUGAACCUUCCAGCCCUCCAACGCAUCGCCAUGGAGUUCGAACGAGAAAACGACAUCAUGGAUCAACGGCAGGAGAUGAUGGACGACGCUAUUGACGAUGUGACGGGCUUGGAAGAUGAAGAGGAAGGCGAGGAGGUUGUCAACCAGGUCUUGGAUGAGAUUGGUGUCGACCUUGGUCAAGCUAUGGGCGAGACCCCGACCGGCCUCCAAAGCACCGCAGUUGAGCAAGGCAAAGUCGCUCAGGCCAUUGGUGGUGAUCCUGGAGACGACGACCUUCAAGCCAGAUUGAACAGCCUGAGACGAUGA